AGGCAGGCACCAGAUGGAAUCGGGGUUCGCUCAAAAAAAAAAAGAGAUGGAAUCAGGGAACAGAUUAAGGGUCCGUUUGUUUGGGAUUGUUGAAGCCGCUCCAUGUGUUGAAGUGUUUGAAUUUAUUAACUGCAGACAUCAUUAGACCAGUUGAUUCCAAUUCAAAAAUGUGCAUGAGAGAUUGCAGAGCUCACGGUUUUAUCCUCACUUCAACAAUUGCAUUGUUGCUAUUGACGGUAUGCAUGUACCUGUUAUCGUGCCUGUCAAAGACGCGGUUAACCAUGUUGGUCGAGCUGGUUAUGCAACACAGAAUGUUAUGGGCGUAUGUGACUUUGACAUGAGAUUCAUCUCGGUCGUGGCUGGAUGGCCAGGUAAAUUUUAUCUCGUUGAUUCUGGAUACCCCAAUUAUCUAGCACCAUUUAGAGGCACGAGGUACCAUCUACCUGAGUAUCAACAUGGCACUGCUGCAAGUGGUAGGAAGGAAGUCUUCAAUUAUCUACAUUCAUCACUCAAAAAUGUCAUAGAACGAUGCUUUGCCGUCUUGAAGCAAAGAUGGCGCAUGUUGAAAGUUGUGCCUAGCUACCCACCGAGAAAGCAAGCAAGGAUUAUCAUUGCUUGUAUGGCGUUGCACAACUUCAUACGAGAUAGUAAUUUGUAUGAUUACCACUUUGCUAGAUGCGAUGCUGACGAGCACUACAUGCCUCCCGGCCAUGUCGUCAACACAAGUGGUGGGAGCUAUGUGGGAAGUAGCAAUGCCACAAUGGACGCAACUCGUGAUAGAAUUGCUGAUGCUCUGAUGGCCGCAAGAGAGUAGGAUUGUAAUAGGUUAGACUAAUUUACUAUCACGAUGAUCUUAUAUUUUGCAAACGAUGUGUGGAUAAUAUAUUAUUACUAUACUAU